CCAUCGGGAAAGAUCAGUUGAAAUUUAUACCUCUUUACCGUUGGUUCGGUUUUCAUAAGUCUCUUUUUGAUAUUAUUCAGAUGGUCCAAAAGCGUUCUCGCCCGUUAAAUCGCUUUUUAACUUCUAUUGAAAAAGCAAGAGAACAAGAAACACUUGAUCCUUCAAAAAAAUUUGCAUACUGGGAACCAUAAACGUUUCCUAUUUUCUUCUAUAAUUUAAUUUAGGUGCGCCUGUAGGUUAGUUUAGGUUCUUUUCUUUAGUUUCAGAACGAACUUCGUUAGGCUCUACUAAGCUGGCAGUUCAAGGCGAAUUCAGCGGCGUUCUACAAAAAGAACGUGAAAAAGGUUAAAAAUAUCUUACUCGCUUACUAGCAUAGUUUUAGUCUAAUAUCUCUGAAUCUGUAACGAUGGCUGGUGAAAUCGUUGACGUCCACAGCAAGGAGAGCGGCGAAAGCAGGUGUGCUCUUGUACGACAAUUCAGCGCUCCUGGAGUACACACCCCAGUACCACUGCCUAUAACAGCUCCAGGGAAUUUGCAGUGUCCCCUCGAAUUCUGGGUCCAUUCUCAGUCCACAGAAACAACACCACUUUUGGCAGGUGUACCAAAAGGUCCUCUUCCUCCCAAGGAUUUCAUCAUCCCCGGAAGCAAUCUCUUGCAGAAGGAUGAUCCUCUCAAGGGCAAAGAUGUCGCGGAAGACUUCAAAGAAGAAACUGCUUGUUCCAUCACCUGCCAGGUCUUCAUACCUUUCAUGAUUGCUGGCUUCGGCACUGUGGCAGCUGGAUUGCUACUCGACAUUGUUCAAAACUGGAAUGUAUUCCAAGAAGUUCCUGAAAUGUUUGUAUUAGUUCCAGCAUUGCUUGGACUCAAAGGCAACCUUGAAAUGACCUUAGCUUCAAGAAUCUCGACAUUAGCUAAUCUUGGAUCCAUUGAUACAUCAAGGGAACAAUGGAGGAUGGCAUUUGGAAACGUCUGUCUUUUGCAAUGCCAAUCACUUGUCCUCGGCUUGAUAGCGUCUGUGUUUGCUUCAGUGGUAGGAUGGAUUCGAGAGGGAGAGUUGAACGUCCAUAAUAUGCUUCUGUUGUCUUCCAGUAGCUUGGUAACAGCAUCUGCAGCAAGCUUUGUUCUUGGUUCCAUUACAAUUUUUGUGGUCGUGUAUUCACGAAAGCUGAACAUCAAUCCGGAUAACAUCGCAGCUCCGAUUGCAGCCUCGCUUGGAGACGUGGUCACACUGGCUCUCCUCUCUUGCAUCUCCAGCUACAUCUUCUCAAAAUCAGGCCAGUACGUUUGGGUUGAAGCAGCAGUCCUCAUUGUUUUGAUAUGUUUGAUUCCAUUAUGGGCAGUGCUCUCCUACCGAAACAUCUACACUAGGCAUGUUCUCUACUCAGGAUGGAUUCCAAUAAUUAGCGCAGUUGCUAUUUCGAGUGGAGGAGGCUACAUCCUAAACUUUGCUGUUGCUAGAUUCAAGGAGAUUGCAGCAUGUCAACCAGUAAUCAAUGGUGUCGGUGGAAACUUAGUGGCUGUUCAAGCUUGUAGGAUCUCAACCUAUCUCCAUCAAAAGGCAAUGCCGGGAUUACUGGAGCCCGGAGAACUUUGCGUCAGUCCAUUUGUAGCCUGGUUUGGAAAGAAUGUCCAUGCUCGAACUUGUCGAAUUCUAAUCCUCAUUGCCAUUCCCGGGCAUCUAAUUUUCAUCACCUGCGUCCAUUUCUUAAAGAGCACCAACAGCCCUCUAACAGUAGAAUUCAUCUCCUUCUACCUGAUCGCCGCUCUUCUACAGGUUGCCAUCCUCCUCUACAUGGCCCACUGUCUCGUGCACUGGCUAUGGAAAUGGGGAUUCGAUCCAGAUGAUGCUGCCAUCCCCUACCUCACAGCAUUCGGGGACCUGCUGGGCACUGCCUUUUUAUUCGUAGCAUUCAUCGCAAUGGACGCUGUUGCAUAAGCUGUUAUUUUAUAUUAGUGUGAUGUGGUGUUUUUAAAGCAAAAUGUUAUCUUAUAGAAGGUUACCAUCUUUGUUAAAAUAAAUCGGGUGAAUUGUAUGAUAUUUUUUACCAGUUUCGCGACUAUUUUUGUAAAAACGUUUUUACUGAAUAAAAGUUGCGCACUUUUUAUUUAUA